UACGCAGCAGUGGAUUGUGACCUCUUGGCCCUCCCUGCUUGUAGCCGGGCACAGAGUCUCUCACUCUGGCUUGUGCCUGCACUCCAGCCGAGCGUGUCUGCGAGGUUUGGAGCGAGCAGCGAGGAUAGCCUUGGUGCUGGUCUCGUGCUCUGGGAGCUGCUGACAGCCGCUCUCAGUGCUCGUCCCCAGAGCCACUGGAACUUCUUCCCCGCCCUGCCUGGCUCAGGCAGCCGGGGCACCCAGGAGGCCGCAGCAGCAAAGGGAACCGCGUGACCCCUGCUGCUGCAGCAGCGGGCUGAGGAGCAGCCCCUCAUCCCUCGUGGUGCUCUCCUGCCCACCACAGCAGCUGGACAGCAUGGCCAGUGAGCCGGACCACCGCUGCCCCAUUUGCCUGGACACCAUGGAUGACGCCAGCUACGCGAUGCCGUGCCUGCACCGCUUUUGCUUUGGCUGCAUCCGUCGCUGGACCCAGAGCAGGCCCACGUGCCCCCUCUGCAAUCGCCGGCUGAGGUCCAUCUUGCACUCGGUGCGUGCGGACAACAGCUUUGAGGAGUUUGUUGUCAGACGGCCUGGGAGGGCCAGAAGAGCACCCCAACGCCAAAGAGGGGCGGUGCCCACCUGGGCGUCCAUGUUCUGCCACCACCCAUCUGUGCUCCGGCCCCUGCUGCCCUGGCUGCACCAGGAGAUGAGGCAGCUCUUUGGGGCUGACAGCAUGGCAGCCUUUUCAGCCUUCCAGCUCGCCGUCUUUGGCCUGUGCUGCUUUGGCCUGGACGAGGGAGCGCUGACCCUGUGGCUGUUCAGCUCCCUGCGAAGCCACGCCGCCGUCUUUGUACGACGGCUCGCUGUCCAAGCUGUGCAGCUGUGCAGCGGGGAGGUGCGACGCCUGCUGGGCCUGGAUGCCUCCCGUGCUGCCACAGGGCAGGAGGGCAGCCCUGCAGCUGCCCGCGGCGCAGCUGCCUCCUCAACAGAAGCUGCCGACCGCAGCCCGCAGCCCUCCGGCAGCAGCUGGGAAGCCAACGUGGAGGAGGAGCUUCCUGUCCCCUCAACCGCUGCCCUUAGUGAGGGUCCCAGCCAGCCUCCGUCCAUCCUGGCUCCGCUGCGGACCGUCCAAGAAGCAGCCCAGGAGGAGCCGGAGGAGGCAGUGCCGGGUCCCUCGAGUGCCAGCACGGUCAGGGAGCGCUCACGCAGGGUGCCUCGGCGAGCCCCGAAGAGGAGGGCACACACCUCUGAGGCCUCUGCACCUCCUGCCAAGAGGCCACCCCGCCGGCAGCACUAGGACACCGCCCCAGCAGCUGGCGAGAACAGGGCUGCCCUAGCAGUCCAAAGUCCGCCCUCCAGAAGUCCAAGAUUGCAGUAUUGUUGCCUGCUUUCCUGACUUCACCAGGAACCAAUCUCAAACUCUGUCAUUUUUCGGUCACUGUGCCCAAGAUGGCUUAUGAGCACCAUGUCUCCUGCCCAUCCUUCUCUGCUUUCUCUGUUUGUAAACAGAAGACUAGUGGGGCACUUCCCCCUGUAGGCUCUCUUACCUGCUGUGUCUGGAAAUUAUCUUCCACACACUCCAGGAGCCUCUCAGACUUCUUCCUCACUGCUGUUUUGUUUUUUCUGCAAGCAUCUGACCAUUGGAAGCCCCCCCACAAAAUACAAGGGGUUUGGAAUGAUACUAGAAAGCUAAUUAUGACAUCAAUAACAGUAAAUAAAUGUUUGACCCUGUGUUCUGACCCAGAAA